CCCUUAUAUCCGCGCAUGCCCCGUGAGGGCCCCAAGAUGGCGGCGGCGGCGCCGGGAGGCGGUGGCUCCUGCGGGGGAGGGGCGGGGGCCGGCGGGGGUCCCGGGAGCACCGGGAACGGCACCGGGAGCGCCGGGAACAACGGCGGCAUGGAGGUGGAUGGGGCAGGCGUGGCGCAGGUGAUGGCCGGAGGAGUGACCGGCAGCGUGUCCGUGGCCCUGCACCCCCUGGUCAUCCUCAACAUCUCCGACCACUGGAUCCGCCUGCGCUCCCAGGAGGGCCGAAAUGGGCAGGUGAUUGGGGCUCUGAUCGGGCGCCAGGAGGGCCGGAACAUCGAGGUGAUGAAUUCCUUCGAGCUGCUGGCCCACGGCUCGGGGGGACACGUGCUCAUCGACAAGGAGUACUACUACACCAAGGAGGAGCAGUUCAAGCAGGUGUUCAAGGACCUGGAGUUUUUGGGGUGGUACACGACAGGGGGACCCCCUGAGCCCGCUGACAUCCACGUGCACAAACAGGUGUGUGAGAUCAUCGAGAGCCCCCUGUUCCUGAAGCUCAACCCCAUGACCAAGCACACUGAUCUCCCCGUCAGCGUCUUCGAGUCCGUGAUCGACAUCAUCAACGGGGAGGCCACCAUGCUGUUUGCUGAGCUGCCCUACACCUUGGCCACCGAGGAGGCCGAGAGGAUCGGGGUGGAUCACGUGGCCAGGAUGACAGCGACGGGGGGAGGGGAGAACAGCACAGGUGAGACCUGAAAUCAUCACAUUUCA